AUGAACAUCAGUCCAUUAUUGCUCUUUACUUGGUUGCUUGGUUCGUGGAUCAUCUGGUAUACCACAAUCACCGUCCGCCGUCUCUUCUUCCACCCUCUUGCCAAAAUACCAGGCCCAAAGCUUGCAGCAGUAACCCUCCUCUAUCAAACUUGGUACUGCUUUGUUGGAGGCAGUCGAUUCUACAUCAAGAUACAAAAGCUGCAUGAGCAGUAUGGCCCAGUAGUUCGCAUUGGCCCCGACGAAGUCCAUCUCUCGGAUGCAGCCAACUACGAUAAGAUCAAUCGUGUCGGGACAAAGUUUAGCAAGGAUGGCGCCUUUUACGGAGCAUUUGGCAAUCCAAAUUCCUCCUUUACAACGGCGAGCAAUGAGCUUCAUCGUCUGCGUCGCGGCGGGCUCAAUUCCUUCUUCUCGCGGAAAGUGGUUUUACAACUAGAAGACAUUGUCCACGAAAAGACGGAGCUGCUCAUCGCGCUGGUGCGGAAGACGUUUGACAAAGGCGGAGAGUUUGAUAUACAUCAUGGUCUGCGCGCCAUUUCCAUCGACGUCGUGACAGACUACGCGUUCGGGUCGUGCUACGACCUGCUCAAAGAGCCCGACCUGGGUCUCAAGUUCUUCACUCUUGUUCACAAGAUCGGACCUGCUGCUUGGAUUUUCCGGCAGUGGCCUUGGCUGAAAUCAGUCGCCAUGUCCAUUCCAGAAUCCAUCAUCAAGCUCAUCAGCGAGCCUAUCGGGCAAGUGCGCGACAUGCAAAAUCAUUGCCACAAGCAGCUACUCGAGGUCAAAGCAAACCGCGAGGCGGGGUUGAUUAGAGAUGACGACCGUCCGACCAUCUUCUCCGCAUUGAUGGAUCCAAAGGAGGGCUUUUCAAAGGGUGCCGUCGACAAUCUAGAAGAUGAAGCAUACACGGUCAUCACCGCGGCCGCAGACACUACAGGAAAUGCAAUGACCACCAUGGUCCGCUGCGUCGUUGAAAACUCGAACAUCUAUCGCCGCUUGCAUGCCGAAUUAUGCGAAGCAUUUCCUGACCCCGAGUCCGAGCUGACCUACGCCGCUCUGGAGAGAUUACCCUAUCUCACCAUGGUUAUCAAAGAAGGGCUACGCCUCUCCUUUGGUGUCCCAGGCCGUCUCCCACGUGUUGUUCCCCCCGGCGGCGCAACCUUCAACGGCUACACCCUACCCGAAGGCACCGUGGUCUCCAUGUCAUCCUGGAUCCUACACCAAGACCAAGACUUCUUCCCCAACCCCACAGUCUUCGACCCGGAUCGUUGGUCUGAUGCAACCGAAGCCCAGCGCAUGGACAAGGCAUUUGUUCCGUUUGGAAAAGGCAGCCGUGCAUGUGUGGGCAUGAAUCUAGCAUACUGCGAGCUCUAUGUCGUGAUUGGCACGCUCUUCCGCACCUUUACUGAUUUGAAAGGGAAUCAUCUUACAGAAGAGGAUUUGGCCUAUGAUGAUUACUUUUCGAGUUAUAAUCCAUUGGAGGCGACCAAGUUCCAUGUUAGUAAAGCGGAUAAAGAGAUCACUGCGAUGUAA